AUGAUAAUUGACAUUACCAGUAGGCCAGAUAAUCAGCCGAAGCCACCGGGAUUGGACUACCAUCGCAUCCGGACCCUUGACGCAUGGAUUGAGCAAUUAAUGAAUUGUGUAACCUUGUCGGAGGAUGAUAUAGAGCGACUAUGCAAUCAGGCAAGGGAGGUGGUGCAAGACGAAUCGAACGUACAGCCAGUUUCCAGUCCAGUCACGGUCUGCGGUGACAUCCACGGCCAAUAUCAUGACUUGAUCGAGCUAUUCCGAAUAAGCGGGCCUUGUCCGGACACCAAUUACCUCUUCAUGGGCGACUACGUCGACCGCGGUUACCACUCCGUCGAAUCAGUAUCCCUCCUCGUCGCCCUCAAAGUCCGCUACCCCAAGCGCAUAACGAUCCUUCGUGGCAAUCACGAAUCCCGUCAAAUCACCCAAGUGUACGGCUUCUACGAUGAAUGUCUACGAAAAUAUGGCAACGCGCGGGUGUGGACAUUAUUCACAGACCUAUUCGACUACCUUCCUCUUACCGCUCUCAUCGACAAUCGCAUCUUCUGCCUCCACGGGGGCCUAAGUCCCUCAAUUGAUACUCUGGAUAAUAUUCGGUCGUUGGAUCGGGUACAUGAGCCUCCGCAUGAGGGUCCGAUGUGUGAUCUUCUCUGGAGUGAUCCUGAUGACAGAUGUGGCUGGGGCAUUUCUCCUCGUGGAGCCGGGUAUACCUUCGGACAGGAUAUAUCUGACGCGUUUAAUCAUAAUAACGGCCUUAGUCUCGUCGCCCGAGCUCAUCAGAUGGUGAUGGAUGGGUAUCUUUGGUCACAUGACAGAAAUGUGGUUACGGUUUUCUCUGCUCCGAACUACUGCUACCGUUGUGGCAAUCAAGCAGCGAUACUGGAAGUAGAUGAGCAACUCAAUUACCAAUUUAUACAGUUUGAUCCUUCACCACGGACUGGAGAACCUACGGUGUAUAGAAGGACGCCAGAUUACUUUCUAUAG